AUGGAAAAACCACCGGACUUGGUACCUUUGGAACAGCAUCGAUUGGAUCUGGAGUUGCGUUCGCAUCCUUUACGUGGUCGAGGAGUAUUCACCAAGGCAAGAAUCCCAAGAAACACACUUGUCGAAAUAUCACCUGUAUUACUUUUUAGAAAGGACGAAUAUAAACAACACGGCCAAUACACUGUUCUCGAUCACUACACUUACAUUUGGAGAGACGGCCAAUUCGCACUUGCCCUCGGUCUCGGCUCCAUGUUCAAUCACGACAAGAAUCCCAAUGUGGGCUAUUUCCGUGAUCUCGACAACAACCUUAUUCGCUAUGUGACGUCAAGGGAUAUUGAACCUGAAGAGGAAUUGUGCAUCUUCUACGGCUCCAAUCUAUGGUUUGAGGACACCAACGACGACGAUAAAGAAUCAAUACCCGAUGAGGAUGAUAUCUUGGCAACUGGAUUCAAUCUCGAUUAA